AUGGUAACAGUAGUGGUAGGUGCAGGUAAGAAAGGUGUAAUUUUAGUAGCAGCGUUGGAUGAUAUAGGUGCAGGUGUGGAAGUCGUAAUGGUCGAUAUAGGUGGAAGUGUGAUAUCGGUAGUAAUGGAUGUAGGUGUAGCUGCAGAAGUCGUAAUAUCAGUAGUAAUGGAUUGUGGUUCAGAUGUGGAAGUUGUGAUAUUAGUAGUAAUGGAUGUAGGUAUAGCUGCAGAAAUCAUAAUAUCAGUAGUAGUAGAUUGUGGUUCAGAUGUGAAAGUUGUAAUAUUGGUAAUAAUGGAUGUAGGUGUAGGAGCAGAAGUUGUUAUAUUGGUAGUA